AUGGUGUUGAACCCAGUGCUGGGGAAGCUGGUCAGCAAGCGGGUGGUGCUGGCUAGCGCCUCGCCGCGCCGGCGGGAGAUCCUCACCAACGUGGGCCUGCGGUUUGAGGUGGUUCCAUCCUGGUUUAAGGAGACACUAGAAAAGUCAUCUUUUACAGCCCCUUACGAGUAUGCUGUGGAAACAGCAAAACAGAAAGCUCUUGAAGUAGCAAACAGAAUGCAUGUAAAGCAUAUGAGAACACCUGAUAUUGUUAUAGGAGCAGACACUAUUGUGUCUGUGGAUGAGCAGAUCCUGGAGAAACCAGUUGAUAAGCAAGAUGCCUACAAGAUGCUAUCAAGGUUAAAUGGGAAAGAGCACAGUGUUUUCACAGGUGUGGCUAUUAUACACUGCCACAGUAAAGACAAUCAGCUAGAGAUGGAAAUCACUGAUUUCUAUGAAGAGACUAAAGUAAAAUUUUCUGAGCUGUCUGAAGAGCUCUUAUGGGAGUACAUUCACAGUGGGGAGCCAAUGGACAAGGCUGGUGGAUACGGUAUCCAGGCCCUUGGUGGGAUGUUAGUUGAGUAUGUCCAUGGAGACUUCUUGAAUGUGGUGGGAUUUCCUCUGAAUCACUUCUGCAAAAAGCUAGCAGAAUUGUACUAUCCGCCCUCUAAACAUGACGUACAACAUAAAAAGUAUGACUCUAUCCCUUCUGUGGACACUUUUGAGAACCUAAGUGAUGGAGAAUCUUCAAAUUUCACAGAGCACAAAGUUUCUAGUAAGUUGGACCACAGUGGGAUGCGUUCCUCAGGAGCUGCUUACACUCCUGAAAAUACUUCUGCUGUCAGAACUGGUUUUACAGUACCUUUGGAAAAUCAGAAUGGAGUGUCACAGAGUGCAUCAAAACUUCCAUCCAAAAUUCUAGAGCUGAUGGAUGGUUUUAGAGCUUCAAAGGCUCUGUUUGUAGCCUCUAAGCUGAAGAUAUUUGAUCAUCUGAAAGAUAAAGGUCCAACGAAGGCUGUGGAUAUUGCAAAUGAUGUUGGAACCUCUGUAUGUGGAACUGAAAGACUCCUUGAUGCAUGUGCUUCUCUUGGAUUACUGGAGAAAACACCACAAGGUUACAGUAAUACAGACUCAGCAAAUACCUACCUGACCUCAGAUGGUAAAUACUCACUUCAUGGCUACAUUAUCCAUUCUAAUGACCACCUUUGGCCUCUCUUCACAAACUUGGAGUCUGCUGUCAAAGAAGGGAGCAGGCAGCAUCAUCGAGCCUUUGGAAAGAAAGCAGAUGACCUGUUUAAGGAUUAUUAUCACAGCCAGGAGGUAAAGCAACGUUUUAUGGCUGCCAUGCACAGCAUUGCUCACCUGACAGCAAGAGAUGUGGCUACAGCAUUUGAUCUUUCACAGUUUAAAUCUGCUUGUGAUUUAGGAGGUUGCACUGGAGCUCUGGCUUAUGAAUUAGUACAAGUAUACCCAAAUCUCAAGGUCACAGUAUUUGACCUUCCAGAAGUCAUUGCAAACACCUCUUACUUUCAGCCUUCAGGACAGCACACUGCUCCAGUGACAUUUGUGUCAGGUGACUUCUUCAAGGAUAAUCUUCCAGAAGCAGAUCUUUACAUCCUUUCACGUGUUCUUCAUGACUGGCCUGAUGAAAAGAUACACGUGCUGUUAAGCAAGAUAUCAGCUGUUUGCAGACCAGGAAGUGCCUUGCUAGUGGCAGAAACUGUGCUUGAUGAACAGAAGACACACCCUUCAGUAGCUGUGCUACAAUCCCUCAGUAUGACUGAAGGCAAGCAGAGAAGCAGCUCAGAAUAUAAACAGCUACUGGAGAAAUAUGGAUUCACAGAUGUACAAAUUAAGAUCACAGGAAACUUAUUAGAUGCUGUUCUGUGCUUCAAGAAGAAUCUGUCACUGUAGAGUGCCCACAACCAAUCUGGGAUGCUGAAUUUUCACCCCUUGUGCAAUAUACCCAUCAUCAACCAGCUCCUAUUGGCAGUUGAGGAUCAUUUUGGCCCUUUGUCUGAAGCACAGCUGUUACAGCCCUUGGAUACAAGUUGGAAUGCAGCUUCUGCCAGAGUGGAUUCUGUGCAUUUUAAAAAGUGUCUGGGGCAGGCUGAAACUCCUGCAUAUGAAGUACCUUAAUGUCCAGUUCUUCUGCAUACUGUAUUAAGCUUAGACUUGGCAUAGCUGUGUAUACCAUGUCAGGUUAAAACGGCAAGCUUGUACUGAGGAACAAUAAUAUCUUAGUUUUCUUGGGCCAUAAAAUUAAAGAGUUCUCCCUCUGCAGUGUAUUCAGUGGUUACUACUAAUUUUUAUCAGAAAUAAAAAAAAAAUAAUAUUGUGUGAUCUGCCUGAAUUUGGGCAUGAUAGUCCUCUUUUUUCACUGCUGUGUGGGACUUUACUCAAAAACAACUCAUAUAUAGUCUUUCAAAGCACUUUUACAAGCAAAGGUGAAAACAGAACAAACCUCAAACAUGCUCCUACAAUAGCUGUAGUGUCACAGAGGAACUUCAGCAGCCUCUGGCCUCCAGCCACAGUGUGUACCUGCACAGGCUAUAGCUGAGAGCUGUUCAUAUUGCUUGCUGUCACUUCUGGGGUUUUCUGAAUAUGGUUGAAUGGCCAUAUAUAGUUUCUGUCUCAUUAAUUGAGAUGAGUUUUAGGAUUUAUGUAUAAAACCUUGUAUGAAACUUUCAAAAAAAUAAAAGUUUCUUCAUGCUUCAGUCUUUAAUUGGAGAACUGCAUACUGUAUCCCAUCUCUUCAAGUAAUUUGUCACAAAUGUCACCUCUCCUAAUGUUUAUUUCUCUCCUGAUACUUCAUUGAUAUUUAUUUUUUCUUUUCAAAGUGUAAUGGAAGCCUUUCUGGAAAUUAAAGUUAAUUACACUUUCAAACUAGCUUUCUUUCUAUCAUUUGUGAGGUUUUUGCCUGUUGCUUGUACAGCAGUAGUCCAAAUAAACCAGGGUGCAAGAGGCUGUGCCAGAAGUGAAUUACCAACCUCAGCAAAUUAGAGAGAGUUAAUGAGGAAGGUUAAGAGUGCAUCUGCCUGGAUGUUAGUUAAUCAGGAGUUACUUUGCUCCUUGACCAAUGGGUAAAGAAAAAGUGCCACACUGGCUCAACUCAUUAGGAGAAACAGGCUUCCU